AUGUUUUUGCACUUAGUUGGUUGUUUGAAAGAAAAAGGAAGAGAUCUGAUUAUCCAUCAUACAUUUUUAAUACCUGGUCAUACACACAUGGAGGCAGAUACAAUUCAUGCAGCCAUUGAAAAACAAAAAAAACGUACAAUGAUAGAUAUUGAAUUGCCAAGAGACUGGGCUAUACUCAUAAGUUCAGUUCCAAGAAAGCCUCCAAUAAAUGUAAUACAAAUGGAGCAAUACAACUUUUUAAACUUCAAAGAGUUAAUUGGUAAAGUAUUUAUACAUAAAAAAAUUAAUAUUGAUGGUGAAGCUGUGGGGUGGAAUAAGAUUAGGUGGAUGAAGUAA